AUGUAUCAACAACCACCACCGCAACCACUUAAUAAUAACAAAAAUAACAAUGUACUUUCAUAUUAUCCACAAAAUUCAGUUUCGCCACCACCAUUACAGCACCCAAUUCCCACACACCCACCUAUUCAAGUGCGUGAUCCACCCGCUUCUCCCUCACCACCAGCACAACAACAUCAACAACAUCAACAACAUCACCAACAUCACCAGCAACAUCACCAACAAUCAACACAUAUUCUACCUUCUGAUCAAAAUAGUAAUUGGUUAAAUGAUCCUACAACUCAAAUGGGUGUGCAUUUUGGAAAAAAUGCAAUGAUGGUUGGAAGUGAAUAUGUCGAGAAAAAUAUUAAUAGAUAUUUUAAUUUUUUUACUUUAAAAUAUUAUUUUAAAGUGAAUAAUUCAUAUGUGGCAAAUAAAAUUAGAUUAUUGUUAUUUCCAUGGAGACAUCGUCCAUGGUCUAGACUUGUUAUACGAUCACAGCAAAAUGGCCAAAUGGAAGGUUAUAUGCCACCAAGAGAAGACAUUAAUUCACCUGAUUUAUAUAUACCAGCUAUGGCAUUUGUAACUUAUGUAUUAUUAACCGGAAUUGUUGCUGGAACUGAAGACAAAUUUCAUCCUGAAGUUUUGGGAAUAAAUGCUACAACUGGAUUACUCUUGGUGAUAUUUGAAUUACUAUUUAUUAAAAUUGGUUGUUAUUUAUUAAAUAUUACUUCUGAAGCACAUCUUCUAGAUUUUCUUUCAUAUUCUGGUUAUAAAUUUAUUGGUGUGAUUAUUACACUUGUGGUUUCUUUAAUCACACCACUUUGGUUUGUUAUAGGAACUUUCUUUUAUGCAGCUUUUGCAAAUGGAUUUUUUCUGUUAAGAUCUCUUCGAUAUGUUGUUUUCCCAGAUUCAACAAACACAGUUCAAGUUCCUCAACGAAAAAGAAGAAUUCAUUUUCUUUUUGUUGUUUCUGCUUUACAAGUUCUUCUUAUGUAUUAUCUUAUACAUAAAAAACAAUAA